CACUCUAUCUUGGUGCGAGAAUAGUCAUUGCUGUACCUAGCGAAAGGACCUCGAAGCGGGAUGGCAGGCACCCAACGAGCCGGCUACUACUGCCACAUCGCUAUUAUAAAUAAUAGCUCUCUCCCUCUCUCUCUCUAUCCGGUGAAGAAUAAUCGUUAACAUCAACUUGUCUGUCCAACCCUACUCUCUGGAGCACUCAAGCACAUACACAUAUCGAUAUCCUAACAUUCUUACCAUAGUUACAGCGGUUGAAAAAAACUCUCAAUGUCUUCAUCAGAACCGGAGCAUAGGCGAGGGCCUUGGUGUAAGGCCGAGGAUGAUAGCCUGAUGAGCCUCAUCGAUGCCCAAGGCCCGCUAAACUGGGUUAGGAUUGCUUCUCGGAUACAAACCAGGUCACCCAAACAAUGCCGUGAACGAUACCACCAGAAUCUCAAACCAUCACUUAACCAUGGACCCAUAACGCCCGAAGAGGGUGUGCUCAUUGAACGAAUGGUGCAGAAUAACGGGAAGAGGUGGGCCGAAAUUGCAAGGGCACUCCCGAAUCGAAGUGACAACGCUGUCAAGAAUUGGUGGAACGGCAACCAAAACCGCCGAAAGCGUAUGGCGCGCAAAAGCACUGCUGCCGGUUACGGGAACGGCUACGAUCACUUCAGCCGGUAUUCUGGGUCGGAUCGUUCCCCAUCCCCACCACAGCCCCCCUCGGCGUCAUUCCACACACCUUCAAGCUAUACCACUCCCUCGGUAUAUCCACUCGGCUCACAUGACUCGGGCCAUUUCUCUGUGUUUAACCCUCACCAGCAGCACCAUACCCAAACAGUGCAUUACUCAGGGCUGUCCUCUCCUUCGACAACCUCGUCUGGUAUUGAGUUCCUAGACCUGCAUCCUCUGUCGAACUCGCAUCCUAGGCCCAUACAUGAUACUAUUCAGUUUCCCAGAAGGCUACCUUCGCUACGGAUUGACGUGGAAAGAUCAUCAGAGAGCUCGGCCACAACACAAGGCCCUAUGUUACCGACACUAGAGCCACCUGUCUUCCCAACAAGGGAUCCUAAUGCAAUACGGUUACCCUCUAUCCGAGAGAUAUACGAUGAUUUAAGCCCACUACGUACGGAUGUACUCUUACCACCAGUACGCCUUACCGAACAACUGCCGCAGCUGGGGCCGGAGUCCUCUGCAUCCAAGGAGAAGAUAGAAGCAGCACGUUCGCUGAUUUCCAUAAGCAGUCUUCUGACGUCAUGAAGAGAGCACGAUGUGUUGUUUUUGGUGUAUAGUUAGGAUAUCCUCGCCGGAAGUUGAAGCAAGGAUAAAUUUGGUUGUGUUUAUAUUUUGUCUUAUAGAUACCUAGGUAGUUAUGGGCAGAAAUCGCAGAAGAGGACCCCAUGGCGCAAUUACAUAGACGGCCAACGACCCGAUCGGCGUCGAGAGUGGUUGGAGCGGAGAGCAGCAUGUUUCUAAUAAUGCCCCGCAGGAGGCUCAUAUUCUGAAUGGCAUUGAAGCCUCUAGCGAUUAUAAAUUUAUCAAUAUUUUUAAGAGGAAUGAUGCCUUUGAUCUACCGAUCCUGA